GAGUUGAUGUCCCUUUGCCAACCAUUAUGAUUUAUGAAUGGAUACGCCACUGAUGAACUACUGUGUAUAAAUGUUUUCUGGUGAAUUUCUCCGUUAAAAUUUAUUUUACAAAAUUGUCCACUAUACCCAGACAUAUUAUUAUAUGAUCUCGUAAAUAUCAUCGUUACUACACGCGGUCCAUAUAAGUACUAAAUUAGGUAGGUACGUAAAGUAAAAAGGACUUAGUGCUUUUUGUGAAAUUGGUCGAGCUUGACGGUAAUAAUACAUUUUACCGGCCCUUGUGCCGGUACGCCGACGUCGAUUUUGAUUAAUUUUCGUCCCAACUCACGUGCAUCGCGUGUAUAAUAAUAGUGUACUACACACACCUAUUAUAAUACACAUACACAAUACAUACAAGUAUACAACACACUCACACACACACACACACACCUAUGCGCGCGCGCGCGCAAGUUCCCUAAUUAAAUCGAUUCACAGCACACGUCUGCUAACGUCGACGCGGCCUGUAAGUUUUUUUUAUUGCAUUAAACAAUACACGCAAUAGUACAGUACAGUACACACAUUGGCACGUAGACACACAUACGUUUAGUGCAUUUUUUUCCAUAGGUACGCGAAUCGCACUUUUUAUUUAUUGGCGACGUACCUGCGCGACACCGAGUCCUCGAGCGGUACCUAUUUAAACAACGAUAAAAAGUACCUAUCACGAAACUAUUAUUACGAAUAAUUAUAAUGAUGAUCUCAUCUAUGCGUACGACGUUAUCAUUCGUUCACCUCCUAGUCCAUAAUAGUCGCCUGACCUGAUAGCAAUAAUAUAAAUAAUAACAAUAUUGUUAUUAUUGUUACGAUGAACACCGUCGGAGGCUUGGUAUGCGAUAGCGGCAAACCUGAAUGGUAUUUACGAGGAUGUCAGUGACCGGCGUACCUGUAAUCUGUUUAGCGCCAACGCCACCGUGCUCCAAUCACCACUAUCACGCGCGCGGAUGUGUAAAUGUGUAAUUUAUAACAACAACAACAACAACAACAACAAUAAUAGUGUUCCAGUGCCAGAGAGGACAUAACUCGUAGAUGGAUACAAUAGUAAGGACAAGCGGUAGAAAAAACGAUGCAACUGAUACCACCGCCAAUGUUUGUCGAUUAUGACAUACUAUUGGCUUGCGGGCUGCUCAUAUUCUGGUGCGGUUAUUGGUUGGUGCACAUAAGUGCAAUAUGCUAUGGGAAGUUUAAACUCUACAGAAAGCCCAAACCAGAAUCAUCUGUUCAGUUGAUACCAUCUUUAGUAUCUUUAGAACAUGGGUUGCCGAGAAAUAACAAAAAACAAUAUCCGGGUGUUAGUAUAUUGAAACCAUUAUUGGGUGUUGAUCCUAAUCUAUUUGUCAACUUAAGCUCAUACUUUCAAAUGGAAUACCCAAUGUAUGAAGUAUUAAUAUGUGUGGUCGAUCAAAAUGAUCCUGCUGCAAUGGUAGCUAAUCGGCUAUUAGAAAUGUAUCCAUCAGUAGAUGCUCGACUUUUUUUAGGUGGUUCUCAAGUAGGUGUUAAUCCAAAAAUCAAUAAUGUACACGCAGCAUACCAAGCAGCCAAGUAUUCUUUGAUACUCAUAUCAGAUAGUUCGAUAAAAAUGAAAAAAGAUACACUUAGUGAUAUGGUUGAUAAUAUGGCUGAUGAUGUUGCAAUUGUACAUCAAGUACCAUUCACAUGUGAUCGAAUUGAUAAUAGAACUGAGCCUAUGACUCCACCUUUGUCAGAUAAUACGGCAGAUCCUUCAUCAUUUUUAAAAUUAAAUGGGAAAGUAGAAUACCAAUGCCAAACUCGCAAACAACGACGUUUUGUUGCUACUUUAGAAAAAGUAUUUUUCGGAACUGCUCAUGCACGAGUGUAUUUAAUGGCUGAUCUUGUAGGCGCUAUAUGCCAUACAGGUAUGUCGACACUAUUGCGUAAGCAAGCAAUGGAUGAAUGUGGUGGUUUGCAAGCAUUUGCUAGUUAUCUUGCUGAAGAUUAUUUUAUGGCUAAAUUAGUAGUUGCCCGAGGUUGGCGCACUACGAUAAGUAGCCGACCUGCAUUACAAAAUAAUGGAGGCAGUGAACUAAGUAAAUUUCAAGAUCGUCUUAGAAGAUGGGUCAAACUUAGGAUAGCUAUGGUACCACACACAAUUGUAUUGGAACCAUUAUCUGAAUGUCUAAUUUUAGGCGCAUGUGCUGCAUGGGCAGCAAAUACACUUUCUGGGGGUUCAAUUGAUCCUUAUGCAUUCUACAUGAUACAUGUGCUUGUUUGGUUCUUAUUAGAUUGGAUUCUCUUAAAUGUGAUGCAGAAUGGGCCUUUGCCAUUUACAAAAUUUGAGUACUUAGUUGCUUGGUUGUAUAGAGAGUUCAUGGGACCAUAUCUGUUUUUAACAGCACUCUUAUGGCGCCCAUCAGUUGUGACAUGGACCACAAGGCAAUAUCGCCUACGUUGGGGUGGUCUAUCAGAAAUUUAUAACCAACAAUCAACAAGCUCUAGCUCAGAUUCCAUAACUGCCACAGUGCCUAUAGCAACUACUACCAGUGUCACUUAUGACACAACAGUGCCUAAUAAUUACUGUAGUACUCACCAGCAGCAACCUCCAAAUGGUAUUGGGUUCACAUCAAAAAUUAAAGUUUAAAUAACAGCAAAUAGCUACUUACAAACUUUUUUACGAAUUUAUUUUUAAAACUAAGAUAAUAAUUUACCUCCAAUAUAAGUAUAACCAAUAUUUAUUGAAAAUACAAUGAUCUGGAAAAUAUUUUUGAUGUCACGUGCCUUUUGAAAAAUCUAUGUAUAAAACUGUAAUAUACAAUGUUAUAAUUUUGUAAUUAAA